AUGCGAGGCCGCGGCGUCGUGCAGUCACACGAUGCAGAGUCGCAGAGCAGCUUUGGGCACAGAGCAAGCGAGCAGGAGCGCGCAUUUGACCUGCGGGACCCCUACAAGCUCAACAGGGCCCCCCUGCUGCGCGGCGGCAAGCGGCGCCUCUCGGGCUUGCCCAGCUAUGCAGCGGUCAUGAUCAGUGCAGCCGCCCUCGUCGGCCUUGGUGUGUAUGUCGGCCGCGAGCUUGUCCGGCCCCCACAGCGCCCAUGGGAAGGGUUGGACCCGGCCAGGGAGCCGAGGCACAUAACAGAGAUGCGCUCGGUACAGACCGGGCUCAGAAGCAACCAGCAGCGGCCCGGCUACUCCAGCUUUGCCUGCACCGGGCACAAGUGGGAGGAUGACUACCUGUACCACUCCUGCAGGUUCCAUGAUGUCUGCCUGAACCACACAAGCAUGGAGUUCCAGUACUAUGUGGACCCAGCAGAGGCCGAGACACCUCUCUUCUACCAUUACCUCAAUGGGCACCCCCACUACACCUUCCCCAGUGACUUCAUCAUGACUGGACACGUCCACAUCCUUCCAUACACCCCCUGGGCCCCCAAGGUGCUGCACGGGCGGAUACCCGAGAGGCACCCCUACUCACCGGCGCCGGUGGCCGUGUAUCAUUCGCUGAAUGACUUUGUGGGCAGCUUCCGCCACGCCAUGUUCGACUUCAUCCUGCCGGUCUUCAACCUGCUGCAGCUCUUCCGCAUGUACACCCCAGACUUCCUGCUGCUUGAAGCCCAGCACCAGGGCCACGACCCGGACGCGGCGCGCUUCCUGCUGAAACCGGACGACCCAGCGCGCAGCCUGACGCGGCUGAUCAGCCAGAACAAGGUUGCCACUCCCAGGGACGUUGUUCGCGCCGCGCCCGCCACGAGCGACGCCACCUGCUUCCACACCGUCCUCGCUGGCUCCGGCCACCUGCAGGCGCGCACCCCUCACUUGACCGCAUCGGAGGCGCGAGUGAGGACAUCCACGUUCUGGGCGGCGGCGAUAGCCAAUUUGGGAGUGGAGGUUCCGGCGGCACCGGCGAGGCCGGUGGUGACGGUGAUUACCAAGAAGGGGCGGCGCGCGAUCGAGAACGCGGCCGAGAUCGCCGACGCUCUGCGGCAGCGCUUCAUGGGUGCUGACGUGCAGCUGCUGGACGGCAAUAGCCUCAACUCGAUCUCCGUCAAGGCCCGGGUGGAGGCUCUGGUGCGCACGACUGUGCUGGUGACCCCCUGCGGGAGCCUGGCUGCUCUGGCGUACCUCCUCCCGCCGGGCGCCACAGCCGUGGUCAUGAACUUCUACCAUGCCGAGACGGGGGCCAACGUUCAGUUGGACGACGCCGCCUUCUGGAAUAUCGACCACAUCACUCUCGCCUACUACCCUGUCGGCCCAGAGGACUAUGAGGGCACCUCGGACCGGCCGGGGUGUCAGAAGCAGAAGGGCGAUCCUCAAUAUGAGGAGGAGGGGGCGCUGGUGAACUGCAAUGUGAGAAUCGCUGACGUGGAGCGCAUGGAGCAUGUGGUUGGGCAGGCCAUAAGGCGCUGGUAUGCAGAGUUUGGCGACGGCGGCAGCGCCUUUGGCAUGCAAUGA